AUGACCGGUAACCGAUACGAAGAUUGCUGUGCUAUACUCACAGCCAUUAACGAUACGAAAACGCCUCCACAAGAAUUUGUUGAUUCCACUCAGAAGGCAGUAAUGGCUGUUUGGUGGAAUCUUGUGCAAGCUUUUUGGAAGCGAUACAGUCCCGAUCCCAUACGAGAGGAGAAGCUCACUGAAGCGAUCAAACAGUGGUGUCUGGAGGUGACGAGAGACUAUGACGCGGUUUCCGUUUGUGAUUUCACUUCAUCGUGGAGGGACGGCUAUGCCUUCAACUCGAUCAAACAGUGGUGUCUGGAGGUGACGAGAGACUAUGACGCGGUUUCCGUUUGUGAUUUCACAUCAUCGUGGAGGGACGGCUACGCCUUCAACUGUUUGCUGCACUCUUUCGAGUAUGUGACCGUUAACUUCUUAAAAAGUUACUGA